AUGGCAGCCGCGAAUUCAGUAGUUCAGCUCUCGGCUCUGUCUCCAAACGAGACCUUCAUCAAGCUCCCUCACCCGUACUUGACCGAGUACACUGUCCAGAAGACAACCGCGCCGCCAAACAAAACAGCCGGAGAUGUGCCCUUUUACCAACUCUGCGAGCGUCCCGGCUCGUCGACGCAGAAACUCCCAGCCCCGUUGCACAACACAAAGCUCUACUUCUCCGAGCCCGCGGACCUAAAGUCCAGUGAGCUACCAGCGGAUUCCAACAACGGCGCCUGGGCCAGAGCGAGACGCUCGCCGUUCUCCGUGGUCGUCUGGGACGGCGCCGAGACGCCCUCCCUCGCGCAGGCAUGGCUUCUCCUAUACGUCCUGUUCACGGCCCGGCCGGGCAUGGAGUCGGUGCGACUGGAGCUUGUUGGCGCCAACGCCGCGACUCUGGGCGCCCAGUUGCGCGACGUUCUGCUGGCCGUUGACCACCCGCCGCCGGCCAGGGAGAAGCGCGCCUCGGCUUCUUCCAACGCAGACGAAUACCUUGUCCUGGCUCUGCGAAGCACCUUCUGGCAAGGCGCCGGCUCGCCCUUUGGUCCUCGGCCCGUGUGGCUGCCCGCCGAGUCGCCCCCGUCUCUCCACGGAGCCGGCUCGCUGGCAUCGUAUCCCCUUACUCCUCUCCAGCACACCGUCACCAUUACAUCCGCCGGCGAUCCCCAAGAUGCCGACCGGUGCCAGCAGUCGUGGCAUCCCAUUCGCCCCGCGAAGCCUGCCCCCGGCGCCGUCGUGUACAGCCGAUGGAUUCCGCACCUCGGGGAGACCUUCUCCAUGGUGUCGCUGGACUACCAAGACGAGGAACACCUGAGACUGUUCCACGAGUGGCAGAACGACCCUCGUGUCUCGCAGGGCUGGAACGAAACGGGCACUUUGGACCAGCACAGGGAGUACCUGCGCAACAUCCAUGAGGAUCCCCAUCAGGUCGCGGUCCUGGCCAAGUGGGAUGAUGCCUACUUUGCCUAUUUCGAAGUGUACUGGGCCAAGGAGGACCGUCUCGGCGGCUACUACGAUGCCGGCGACUUUGACCGCGGCCGCCACUCCCUCGUGGGCGAUGUUCGAUUCCGCGGCCCUCAUCGUGUGACUGCCUGGUGGAGCAGCCUGAUGCAUUACCUCUUCCUCGAUGACCCUCGCACCAUGCAUGUCGUGGGCGAGCCCAAGAACACCAACGCGACUGUCGUCAUGUACGACCUCAUCCACGGCUUUGGCAUCGAGCACUUUGUCGAUUUGCCGCACAAGCGGAGCGCUUUCGUGCGGUGUCCACGCACUCGGUUCUUCCAGUUGUGUCCGCUGGGGGAGAAUGACAAGGUUGUUGGUGGUAUGAGGAUCGGACUGGUUCCCAAGUUGUAG